AUGGUAAAUGCUGACAACAAUGGGGCAACUUUACCUCGUAGAAACAGAUUUAAGGAUUUAUUACUUGGAGAGCAGGCAUGGCAAAACGAUGGCAAGGUGCAGGUUGAAUAUGCCAGUGAGAACACCCUCAAAGAACGCCUCCAGUUGUUCUUUAUCAAGAACCAUAAAUCGAGUCUCAGGCUGCGAGUGUUUUUUUUUUCCCUCAAGCUGUUGAGCUGCAUAUUGUACAUAAGCCGAGUGCUUAAGGAAACCACAUCGGAACAUGCAUGGGCAUCCAUAAUUUGGGUUGACCGAAAUAACACGCUUUGGAGUGUACAGGUGUCUGUUGCCACCAUCUGUCUGUCGCAAAGAAUCCUACUGACGUAUUUAAACUAUAAGGGGAACAUAUGGCAGCAGGUUCUUCGAGUAAUGUUUAUCUUGGAGAUAAUUAACACAGUGCCAUUUCUGAUUUCAAUUUUUUACACACCACUUCGGAAUCUCUUCAUCCCAGUGUUUCUGAACUGCUGGCUGGCGAAACAUGCUCUGGAGAACAUGGUUAAUGACCUUCAUCGUGCUAUUCAUCGGAACGAGACUGCCAUGUUUCAUCAGCUCCUCAUUCUCAUCUCCACCUUCCUGUGCCUUGUUUUUACCUCCAUCUGUGGAGUUGAACACUUGCAGCGAGCUGGAACAACAUGCAGUCUUUUUAACUCAUUGUACUUCUGCAUCGUAACAUUCUCUACGGUGGGCUUUGGUGACGUAGUCCCUGAUAUCUGGCCCUCCAAGCUGCUGGUUGUUAUCAUGAUAUUUGUGGCUUUAAUGAUCCUCCCUAUCCAGUGUGAGCAGCUGGCUUUCUUGUGGAUGGAAAGUCAGAAGUCAGGACGGGAUUACAGCAGGCUAAGAACUAAAAACGAUAGACACGUGGUGCUGUGCGUCAGUUUACUCAAAACCAACCUGCUGAUGGAUUUCCUAAAUGAGUUCUAUGCCCACCCCGGGCUUGAGGACUACUACGUCAUCAUUCUAUGCCCAACAGAGAUGGACACAAAAGUAAGACAGAUACUGCAGAUCCCAAUGUGGUCACAUAGGGUCAUAUAUCUACAAGGCUCUGCUCUCAAUGACCAAGAUUUGAUCAGGACAGAGCUGGAUAAAGCUAAGGCUUGUUUCAUUCUGACUAGCCGGUGUGAGGUGGACCGCAAUGCAGCAGAUCAUCAGACCAUUCUGCGGGCUUGGGCUGUGAAGGACUUUGCUCCUUGCUGCCCACUUUAUGUUCAGAUUCUCAAACCAGAAAACAAGCUGCAUGUGAAAUUUGCAGAUCACAUUGUUUGUGAGGAGGAGUUUAAAUACGCCAUGCUGGCCAUGAACUGCAUUUGUCCCGCAACAUCCACCCUCAUCACUCUGCUGGUGCACACCUCACAAGGCCUAAGAGGUGAACACUCUCCAGACGACUGGCAAGCAAUUUAUGACAAAUGUUCAGGUAAUGAGGUGUACAACAUUGUUCUCAAAGACAGUGUCUUCUUUUCUGAGUAUAAAGGAAUGACCUUUCCUUGUGCCUCCUUCCACGCCUAUCAAAAGUAUGGCAUCUGUCUUAUAGGAGUAUGUCCUGAGGAAACUAAGAGCAUUCUGCUGAAUCCUGGCCCUAAGCACACCAUGAAACCCUUAGACAUGUGCGUCUACAUUAAUGUCACUAAAGAGGAGAACUACAGCUUUAAGAAAGAGUCAUUUCGGAAAAAGAGCCCAAAGAAUCACCUCCCCCUGAGCAGUAUUGUUGCCACUACCAUGGCCAUAGACAUCCAGGAUAUAGACAGUCCAUCCGGUGUAGGUUCCUCUCUCUCCACUGAACAUUUAACAUCUGAGCAUAAAAGGCCAACCAAAGCUGCUCUAGACAUCCCAGAUCCACCUACCUUUCAGGCCGACGACCCGCCUAGAGAUUGGACAAAGAAUCUGAGCCGAACUGUCAAUGGAGAUGAAUGCAGUGAAAGCUGUUACAUCAGGGGGUAUCCCCCAAAUUUGCCCUACAUUGGAAGUCCACAGACGCUUUGCCAUUUACGGAAAGAAAAACUGUCUAAAUGUUGUAUGCAGCUGGUCAAGUUUCUGUCUAAGACUUGCAACCACAAAGAUGAUGAUGAUGUCAAAGCAUACGGUUUGAAGAAUAAGCUCACCAUUGUGUCUGCCGAGACAGCCGGAAACGGCUUGUGCAACUUCAUCUACCCGUUACGAGCCUCACACAGAGCACAGAAUGAGCUCUACCCCAUUGUGCUACUCUUGGAACAUGAGCCAGGUGAAGAUUUUCUAGACACUGUUUGUUGGUUCCCAAUGAUCUAUUACCUGGUUGGAUCGAUUGACAACCUGGAUGACCUGUUGCGUUGUGGCAUCUCCUUUGCGGCUAAUAUGGUGGUGGUAGACAAGGAAAGCACCAUGAGUGCCAAGGAAGACUAUAUGGCUGAUGCAAAAACCAUUGUUAAUGUUCAAACCCUAUUCAGGUUAUUCUCUGGCCUGAACAUCAUCACUGAGCUCACCCACCCUGCUAACAUGAGAUUUAUGCAGUUCAGCGUGAAGGACUAUUACUCAUUAGCAUUCUCUGAACUAGAGAAGAAAGAACGAGAGAAAGGCACAAACUUAUCCUUCAUGUUUCGCCUGCCUUUUGCGGCUGGUAGGGUGUUCAGUGUUGGCAUGCUGGACACACUCUUGUACCAGUCUUUUGUCAAAGACUACAUGAUAACCGUCACAAAGCUCCUUCUUGGACUGGAAACUACACCAAGAUCUGGACAUCUUUGUGUGGAGAAUAUCACAGAGGAGGACUUGUGCAUUCAGACAUAUGGCAGACUCUACCAAACACUGUGCUCCACCACUGGAGACAUUCCCAUCGGCAUCUACAGGACCGAAUCUCAGACAGUUGAACCUCCUGGGACUCCACAUUCCCUGCUGUCAUUUAAUGUGGCAGACUUUGAGGAGGUUAGAGACCAGGAGGAGCAGGGGAAUCGGAGAAGGAGCAUGUGGUGGCCUUCGCAGUUUUUGGGGCCGGGGCACACUGAGCACGAUGCUGAGAGAAGCAGCCAGCAGCAUGGUCUUCUGCUUUCACUCACAGAGAGACAGGAAGUUACAAAACUGGUCAAGAAGCGCAUGAAAAAUCUGGGGCUUUCCACAUGUGGAUUGGUGCUGAAUGAAAACCAGACAAGCCACUCUUAUGUCCUUAUCAACCCGCCUCCAGAUACAAAGCUAGAGCGAAACGACAUUGUGUAUAUAAUCCGAAAAGAACGUCUCUCAGGGCUAAACAAGGCCGACAACAUAGAGAAGACAGAAAGAGGCAACCGGACAGGAGAGGAAAACAAAGUUGGAGAAUCACCUCUGAAUAAAGAUCAGACUCACUUGUCUUGUUCUGCAAUAUAAGCAAGGAUGUGAUGACACAGGGAUCCAAAAUAAGAAAAAAAUUCUGAAACAAUUUGGAGUGCUGGGGGAAGGUAUCAAGCUCUGAAAUACUACGUCAUAUGUCCAACUCGUUUUUUAACAAGUAGACCAUGUUAAGCAUGAGAAGGCAGAACAUUUAACAGUGUAAAGAAGUCAGAAUGCAUGGCAUUGCAUGAUAGCUUUAAUGGAACAGUACUAGCAUAGCGACGGCGUAAUAUUAUUAGAUAUUUAUUAAGCACAGUGGCAACCAAACUCAAACAUUACCAGACUGAGAAAAAGUCAGGUGGAUAAUAAAAAAAAAAAAUGAAGGCAAA